AUCACAAGCUCCCUCUUGGGUUGACGGCUCUUCUUAUCUCUAUCAGAUAACUGGAUGAGUAGUGUCCUCUUCUGGUUAAUCAAUAAUGAAGGGAUUCCAUAGCGGAGAGGUUCCUGAUCCUGACCUGUAAAUUCUCACAAGAUUUCCUAAUAAAUUCCCUAAUUAAAAUGAUAUCACAAAAAAUACACUGAGCCAAUACAACCUGAAUAUUAGGUUAUGAAUACUUCAGGAAACCCCAGGAACAACUGUGACCCUUAUAUAAUGGGGCCUGGAGUCCGGAUCACAGUACAGUCCACCAGCAGAACCUCCCCAGAGCACAUCUGUGAGAGCAAUGGCCGCCCACUGGGGAACAUCAAUGGUUCUUUCCACAUGGCUUCUUCUGAGCCUCAGCUCUUGUGUCCAUGGAACAGGAGAGCAGAUCCCUGGUACAGAUGGGUGGGAUGUCCCUCCAGUGUCCGGCGGAGAUUGUCCAUUCUCUCUGGGCACCACAUUUCCACCACGUGUGAAGGUUGAUAUGAAGGUCGGCAGUAGGAGUUCUGCACAUCUCCUGACUGACAGUAUGAAGAGCCGCUCAAUGUCUCCAUGGGAAUACAGCCCUAACGUGGACCAUAACAGGUUCCCUGUGGUCAUCAAUGAGGCCAGAUGUCUCCACCACGGCUGUAUGGACUCUGAGGGUAAUGUGGACCUCAUUAUGAACUCAGUCCCCAUCAGACAGGAGGUCCUGGUCCUGCGUCGUGAGAUGAGAGAAUGUGUCCCCGUCUAUAAGCUGGACAAGCAACUGGUCACCGUGGGCUGCACCUGUGUCCGACCCAUCACCCACUACCUCAAAUAAGAGGCGACUCUGUAAUGGUACCUCCUCAGAAGUGUUACCUUGUUA